AAUCUCGAGAGACGAGGCUUUUGAUAAAAAGGUCAACAGCGUUCGAAAGUUAAUUUCUACUUUCGCAGAUACAAGCUGAAAGACCCUUUUCCACUACCGAAUCGAACUACGAAUCUUCAAGUUGUGAUCAAGAGUAAUUCGAGAAAAUCUUCCACUCAGAAUCUACAACACUCACCCCUAUCAGACCUAUUUAACAACAUACCGUGCGCAAAGACAGACCAGCGCAAAUACAACGAAUACCUUGAAGUGGGAUACUUAACUACAGUCCCGACUCAUCUGCGAGCGGCACACACUCGACUCCACGUUGAUACUUCCUACUGGAUAGUAUUUUGACACUAUACUCGACCGUGUUCUGGAUCAAUCUAGAAAAGUGUCAUAAAUUCGAGCGCGUCUACCAAGGGUACCUUACCUAUUAUCUACGGCAUUCAACCUCGUGUAUAUUGGGACAAUCAUAUUUUUACGACAAACGUCUCCCAGUUAAAUUAACUGCGGGACCUGUUACAUCAAUUUUGACACAUCUCACGGCCUAAUCAAGAUAUUCAAUAUCAGGUUGGGUUUGGAAUUCGAACCUACCCACUCGAGAUUAUAAACUACCAUACCGCAACAUGUCUUCCUCCUCUGGUACCCCAGAAUCUUGGAUCUCUUCUUUUUGCGCAUUAUUGGGUCAUGAAUACUUUGCAGAGAUAUCGGAAGAAUUUAUAGAAGAUGACUUCAAUUUGACAGGUCUACAGACGCAAGUAGCUAUGUAUAAGGAAGCGCUCGAGGUAAUUGUACUCAUAACUCUUGGAUUCUGAUAACAUGCUAAUUAAAACUUUGUUCUUUAGAUGAUAUUAGAUGUCGAACCAGAAGAAGAUGAUGACGAAGAUGACGAGGACGAGGAUGAGGAUGAAGAUGCAUCUAUCGAAGGCGAGGAUCGAUCAGGACGAAGAGCAGCCGCCGAAAGAAGACAUCAAAGAAUGGCAAGCGAUCUAUCGAUUAUAGAAUCAUCCGCAGAAAUGUUAUAUGGUCUUAUCCAUCAACGAUUUAUCUGUUCUCGAGCCGGUAUACAACAAAUGUCGGAAAAAUAUGACCUAGCUCAUUUUGGUCACUGUCCACGAACACAUUGCGAACAAGUCCGAACUUUACCUGUAGGAUUAUCCGAUGUUCCAGGUGAAGAUACAGUUAAACUUUUCUGUCCAUCAUGUCUGGAUGUUUACGUUCCUCCAAAUUCUCGAUUCCAAACUGUUGACGGUGCAUACUUUGGGCGAACUUUCGGAGCGCUCUUCCUUCUCACUUUUCCCGAUUAUGAUAUUAGCAAGAAGGGAUUAGAAGCAUUGAGCGGUCAUGGAGCUAGAAAUUUACAACAUGGCAAUGAUGAAGAAAAGGAAAAGAUCAAUGGCAUGAAUGCAUCAAAUCUUGCACCUGGUCUUGGAAAGGGCAAAGUAUACGAACCUAAAAUUUAUGGAUUUAAGGUUUCAGAGAGAGCGAGAAGUGGUCCUCGAAUGGCUUGGUUGAGGAAAAGGCCAGAUGAUAUUAGGGAGUUGGAUGAAGCUACAGCGUAUGCAAUGGAACAUGCAGAUGAUAGUGAUGAGGGUAUUGAUGUUGCACAUGGUGGUGCUAGUGCUAGUGCUCGACUUAAGCCACGGAGGAGGCAUCCAAAGGUUAUGGCACAUAAUGGGGGUAGUCCGAUGAGUGUUGAAGCCAAUGGAGAAAUUUUCUCAUAGCAUGAGUAAUGUUGAGAGUAUGAAAAAAUCGAGAGGUGGGUGGGUGGUACGGUGGUAGGGCGUUUGGGGUAGGCU